AUGAGCGGCUAGCAAAAAAUUUAUCAUGAUUUAGAAGACUUUUAAGAAGGUGAAGAUGUAAUUUUGACUUUAUAAGAUAAGCCAUUGCUUGAUUAAAAUGGAAAUCUUUAUGAUGAUGAUGAUAAUUAUGAAGAUGUGCUCGUUAAUCAAGAGAAAUUUGAAAACGAAAAGGCUAAUCACGAAUUAUAUUUAAGAUAAAAUGUUAAAAAGCUUGCAAAUGUUUAAUAUGCUCAUUUAGAUGAAAAAUUUGGUGAAGUUGAUAAAAAAGUUCUGCUUCCUCAUUAUGAAGAGAGAAAGUUAGAAAAGAAGGGUAUUAAACUAAAUGAAGAAGGAGCUUUCAGUGUUGAACAAAUGCAGUAAUUAGAUUUAAUUAAAUAAAAAUUGAAAAGCAAAAAGCAAAAUGUUGAAACAUUAGAUAAUCUAAAUGCAAAUUAAGUAGCAAGCGAUUAUAAACAAGAUAUAGUUAAAAAAGAAACAAAGGUUAACAAAUUCAAGAAGAAAAAGAAUGAUGAUGCUAGUAAAAAAAAUAAAGAUGAAGGAAAAAGCCUCUUGGAUUUCUUAGAGGAGAAUGCUGAUGAAGAGGAAUAAUUUAAAAAUAGGAAAUAAAUGAAAAUUGAAAAAAAAGAAUAAGAAUUGAAGUAGCAGCUCUUAGACUAAAAGAGUAAAAGAGAUAAUUAUGCCAAAGCUGUUGAAAACUCAAAAAAUGAACUUAUAGAAGCAUAAAAGCGUUGGGAGGGUAUUAAUAAGCAAUCUAAUGAUACUUCAAUAUAGAUUGAAAGUUCUAUGGAUUAAGAAAUACCUAAAAAGUAAGAAAUAGUAUUUGGUGAAGAUGAAGAUGAUUACGAACUAUUGUAGAUGAGCAUUGAAAGAGAACGCAAUAUGCUUAAAAAAUAGCAAUAAUAAAUUGAUGAACAACAAAUCUUGAAAACAAUCAUUUAGGGUUAACCUGGAGAAGGGCAAGCUAAAGAAAUUUUAUCAAAUGAAGAGCGUAUAAAGCUACUUUUGGAAGAAAGUAUUAAGAUUGAAGAAGAAACUAAAAAGCAAAUAUUUAAAAAAAAUGAAUUUGCAGCUCCUAUGAGUAAGUAGUAAAAGUCAAACAAAACAGAAAUUAGCUAAAUUAACUUCAGUGAAGAUCAACUUCGUUUUAUUGAAACUGAUUAAAACAGAAAAACUGAAAAUGAUAACGUUUAUUAAAAUAAGAUAAGCAAAACUCUAAAAGAUAUUGACAGUGGUACAACAAGUGUUGUAAAUGUAAAAAUGCCAACAGAUGGUUACAGAGGAAAGCGCUAUCAAGAGUAGUAAAAAGAAUAAGAAGAAUUCGAAAAAAGACUUUAAGAAUCAAACUAUACAGAACAAGAAAUCAAGGAAAUGGAGAAAGAGUUAGAAGAAAUUGGUUUGCACAAAGAAGACCUUGGUGUUGGUUUGAGUGGAUUUUUGCAAGAGCUUAAAGAAAGAGGUGUCCUUAUGGAAGAUAGUAACGAUUAUUCAGGUCGUAGCUUAGACAAAAAGCCUCACGAGGAUGGUACUUUUAACAAAGAAUAAGAUAGAAUUCAGUUAGAAUACAGAGAUGACACAGGUAAAAUCAUGACCAAAAAGCAAGCUUUCCGUUAUCUCUGUUGGUAAUUCCACGGAAAAGGACCUAGCAGAAAUAAGAUGGAAAAGUUAAAAGUGAAAGAACUUGAGUAAGAAAAGCUGAGAAUGAAGCAGUUAAGUGAAGAUUCCAUUAUUAUGAAAAACCUUAAAUCUGUUUAAAAAGUUACUAACCAACCUUACCUCGUUCUUUAAAAGAAAAAUUGA